CUCCGCCUUCUACUACCCGCCCACGCCCAGCGCAGCGCCCAUCUCCCGCCGCCGCCGCCGCCAGCGCCAGGGCGGGCACCGGAAGCACUCCCGGACGCGCCACCGCCGGAUGCUCCUCCGCCGCGCCGCCGCCGCCGCAGCAGCGAAGCUCUCCUCCUCUUUAACCUCCGAGCGAGCCCUCCGUCACGUGGGCGCCGCCGGCCGCGGCCGCGGCCACGCCACCACCUCGUCUUCGAACCCACGCCGCCGGGGCCACCGUCGUGCGCCGACGGCUGAGUCCGAGUCCCUCACUUCCACCGCCGCCCCCCGUCCAUUCCCUGACUACCGCCCUCCCCGGCCUGACUCGCCGGACGACGACGCCCUCGCGCGCCGCCUGGCCGCCGCGGUGCUCGCCUCGCCUCACCCCACCUCCCUUCCUCCGCUCCCCUUCCUGCCCGUCCUCCGCCCAAUCCACCUCCUUCUCGGGCUCCCGCUCCUCGCCUCCCACCCGCACCUCGCCGGCCUCCUCCUCCCUCUCCUCCUCCUCUUCCCCUCCCGCCCUCAGCAGCACCCGCACCCGCACCUGCUCCGCUGCUUCGCCGUAGCUGCUCACCUCGCCGUAGUACGCGGCGCCGGAGCUGGCGCCGGUGCCGCGCGCGCCAUCCUCGCGCGCGCAGUCCGCUUCCCCUCCCCUCAUAGACAUUUCGUCGAGCACUACAUCUCCACCUACAAGGCAUUCUCCUCGGACCCCGCCUCCUUCGACCUUCUCCUCUUGUGCCUCCCCUCCGCGCCCCUACUGCGCCGCGUCCGCCAGUACGGCAUCUCCCCGUCCCCGGAGGCCUGCAAUGCCGUGCUCUCCCGCCUCCCUCUUGAUGAAGCCAUCGAGUUGUUUCAAGGUCUCCCGGACAAGAACGUUUGCUCCUACAAUAUACUACUCAAGGUGCUCUGUGGUGCUGGCCGCGUGGAGGAUGCACGGCAGCUGUUCGAUGAAAUGGCUUCACCGCCUGAUGUUGUCACAUAUGGGAUUCUUAUCCAUGGAUACUGUGCUCUUGGUGAGCUGGAGAAUGCGGUGAAGCUGUUGGAUGACAUGGUGGCAAGAGGGGUGGAGCCAAAUGCAACUGUGUAUACUAGUGUUGUUGCAUUAUUGUGUGACAAAGGGCGGGUUUCAGAUGCUUUGACAGUUGUCGAGGAUAUGGUCCAUCAUAAGGUGAUAUUGGAUGAGGCUGUGUAUACGACUGUCUUGAGUGGUUUUUGUAAUAAAGGAGAUUUGGUAUCUGCAAGAAGGUGGUUUGAUGAAAUGCAGAGAAAAGGUUUGGCAACUGAUGGGGUGACAUACACAACGCUGAUCAAUGGGCUUUGCCGGGCUGGUGAGCUGAAAGAGGCAGAGAAAGUGCUUCAGGAAAUGUUGGCCAGGCGGUUGGAUGUUGAUGAAGUAACAUACACAGUGCUUGUUGAUGGGUACUGCAAGAGAGGGAAGAUGGCGGAGGCCUUUCAGGUGCAUAAUACAAUGGUUCAGAGAGGAGUGGCACCAAAUGUAGUGACAUAUACAGCUUUGUCAGAUGGACUAUGCAAGCAAGGGGAUGUUCAGGCCGCUAAUGAGCUAUUGCAUGAGAUGUCUAACAAGGGGCUUGAGCUGAAUGCUUGCACAUACAACUCCCUGAUAAAUGGCCUAUGCAAGGCAGGCUAUCUGGAUCAGGCCAUGAGGACUAUGGCAGACAUGGAUGCAGCGGGUCUUAAACCGGAUGUUUACACCUAUACAACUCUUAUUGAUGCACUCUGCAAGUCAGGGGAGCUUGACAGGGCCCAUGACCUCUUGCAAGAAAUGUUAGAUAAUGGAAUUAAGCCUACUAUAGUGACUUACAAUGUUUUGAUGAAUGGUUUUUGCAUGUCAGGUAGGGUAGAAGGAGGAAAGAAGCUGCUUGAGUGGAUGCUGGAGAAGAAUAUCCAUCCAAAUGCUACAACUUACAAUUCUCUUAUGAAGCAGUACUGCAUUGGCAAUAACAUGAAAUCUACCACUGAGAUCUAUAAGGGGAUGUGUUCUCGGAAUGUGGAGCCAAAUGAGAAUACAUACAAUAUAUUGAUCAAGGGGCACUGCAAGGCAAGAAGUAUGAAAGAGGCACAAUAUUUCCACAAUGAAAUGAUAGAGAAGGGUUUCAGACUUACUGCAUCCUCAUACAGUGCUCUUAUAAGAUUGCUGAAUAAAAAGAAGAAAUUUGUUGAGGCAAGAAAACUAUUUCAUGAUAUGAGGAAGGAGGGUUUUACAGCUGAACCAGAUGUAUACAAUUUUUAUAUUGAUUUCAACUUUAAUGAGGACAAUUUGGAGGCAACCCUUGCUCUUUGUGAUGAACUGGUGGAAGCUAGUAUUGUGAAAUCAAAAGCUGAAAUGGAUCAAGAUGUUGUAAAGGACCAUAUACAUUAGGGACAUAAUUUUGGCUGGUUAUGUCAUGCUAGCUUCUUCAGAUUGUGUUUGCAUGCAAUGUGAAUACAUGAUCCAGAGAUAGUACUGUCCCUUUUCACCGUGCGAAAACUGGCAGUUGAGCCUUCAUCAGGUUCAUCCGGAAGAUGUUGAGAUGUGUAGAUAGAAUGCACAUUGUGGAGUUGGUGUGGUUUGCAAGGACAAGAGGUUUUUUGGUUAAUAAAUUGUCAGGCUGCGAACUAUUGAAUUAGUUGUCUUUACGAGGAGUGAUAAGGGCCUGCGCGUGAUGCCAAUGAGUACAUAACUACGUAUAGGAGGAACAUGGCGAAACCACUGGUGAAACAGAGAGAACUAAAGAAACAAUGAGGCUUAUGCCUGCGAAUGGAAGGAUGAACUAGAAAGAUUUAGUGAACAAGAGUGGAAGGGCAUUGGUUAAGAAGUGAUGUUUGGUCUUCAUUCAGAAUUUUGAGAAAAAUAAAUGCUAUGCUCUGUUUUCAGACAUCAUUCCUUCCUCAAUGUUACAGCACCCAGAUCAGCUUCAUGGUUCACUGACUUGGACCUUCGGUUAUACAUAGGGGAAAUAGAUCAACUGUGGUGUAUCAGAGAACUCAGCUUCUUGGAGAUUCAUAAAGUGGAGCACCGGAUACGGUUAGCUGUUAGAAUUACACAUCACAAUACAGCCAUAUAUGGGAAACAUACAGCUUCAAACGAACAUAUUGAUUUGGACAGAAGAUACAACUGUACUGUAGUCUGUAGGAAUGAAGAUGAAUUCGAAGCUCACUUUUUUUCCAGUGGAUGCAACAUGCAUUCAUUGUUUCUUGCAAUUAAAUUAAAUUUAUUUCAUGGGGAUUCAAGAACUUGGAUUA